CAGACAAAAACAGAGAAAAAAGCUUGGAUAAUCAUGGAUGCCAAUUGCUUUCUCAGUUCCUCCAAUCCCUUCACCAAAACCACUGCACUAGAAUUCCCCACUCCUUCAUCCAGAUCCCUCCACUUCCCUUGUUCAAGAAGAUGCUCCAAUGGAUCACCAUUUCAACCCAAAAGAGUUCGCCUUUCCUCCUUCAUUACAUGCUGUCAAUCGGCGGGAUCGUCCGACGAUCUGCAUCAGCACGCCGAAUCGUUCCUGCAGGCGGAUUGGAGAUGGUUCAGGGCAAAAAUGGUCGCUAACGAGCAAGCCUUUAUGACCGCGAGCACCGGGAAAAGCUCGCCGGCGGCGGCAGAUCCAGACGAGGAGCGUACAUCACAACCGCCGCUGCAGCUGGUGACGGUGGGAGAUAGAUGGGCCCACGCCAUCCACGAGCCGGAAAGAGGGUGCCUGCUCAUCGCAACGGAGAAGCUGGAUGGGGUCCACAUCUUCGAAAGGACGGUGGUCCUUCUCCUCUCAACGGGCCCGGCAGGCCCAUUGGGCAUCAUCCUCAACCGCCCGUCCCUCAUGUCCAUCAAGGAGAUGCGAAACACCGCAACGACGACGUCGUCGUCUCUGUCUGUGAUGCCUCCAGAAGCGUUUUCGGGCCGGCCGUUGUUCUUCGGAGGCCCACUGGAGGAAGGCCUGUUUCUGGUGAGGCCCAGAGGAGGAUACGACAAGGACAGGCUGGCGAGGAGCGGGGUGUUCGAGGAGGUGAUGAAAGGGUUGUACUACGGGACCAAGGAGACGGCGGGCUGCGCGGCGGAGAUGGUGAAGAGGAAUAUGGUCGGCGUCGGGGAUUUCAGAUUCUUCGACGGGUAUUGCGGUUGGGAGACGGAGCAGUUGAGAGAGGAGAUUGAUGCUGGGUAUUGGACUUUGGCGGCUUGUAGCUCGAGUGUUAUUGGGCUGGAUAAGGAAGCUGGUUUUGGGCUUUGGGAGGAUGUCUCCUGGCUUGUCGGCCCAAAAGCGGUGUCCUGAGAGAUUAAUCACUGUACUGGAAUUUUAUGACGACUGAAUCUGAUUAUCUAUUGGUAAACUUUGAUCAAGGUAUUGUAAAUUAUCUCUUGUUGGACCUGCAAAGCUCCUUGGAUUACUAAACGUUUUCCUGGAGAACGAUGAAAAGGAGAGGGCAUUUGAAUUUUCCUAUAUAGAGAGAGCAUUAGAGCUCAUUAACUCCUACGUUUUAGGCCUUAGCUGUUCAGCAUUCCAUAAUGAAUGAAUAUACUUAUA